AUGGAGGUGCCCAAAGCCCGGGGAGCCGGCAGGUCCGGUCCUCGACGCCGGACAGGCUGCUUGACAUGCAGGGCUCGCAAGGUCCGGUGCGAUGAAACAAAGCCGAGUUGCUCGAAUUGUGAUCGCCUACGUCUGCAUUGCGCCUAUAAACCUCCUAUUGCCCUCGGCAGUCCGUGGUCAGCCUCGUCUCGCCGGACAAACGACCCAGCUGCGACUGCUGCAGCGCAUGGGAUUUCGCAAGCCGGACCAACGCCGGCGCUGGGGCCGACGGCGGCUGUCUCAGUCGUUGUGGCUGCAUCGCAGCGCUCGCCUGAUGUCAACUUCUUCAACACGGUGCUUCGCUCCGAUGGACAACAUCGUACGAUCGCCGCGCCUACAACGCCGAUGCAACGGCUACCUACAGACCCCGAAUCAUACCCGCCGGAACUGGGAGGCCCAUUCGAUAUGCUUGGCUUCAUGGGAGGUAUCACGUCGGAGUUGGAGCGGAAACAUCUUGAUUUGACAAGCGGAUUGGCGGCUUUCACGACUGGUCCAACCCUGCAGUCAUCAUCGGCAGGUAUCGCCGGAAAUGUGUCGGAAGAGGGACAAAUUUUGGGCGAGAGGCGCUCUCCGCUAAGCCCAGAUGGUUCAUCCUCGCUGGUAGAUGGAAUUUCGAUUGGCAGUGCCUCGGACGCUGCGACUACCCGUGGCAGCUGGCCUGAUCCCGGUGGCACAACAUACGAGGAGCAACUCCUCCACCACUUCCUGGUGAUCGACCCGCCUGCAGCUCUAUUUGGACCGGUGACAAUGGAGUGGAAGUAUGUGCGGCCGUCCAUUCUCGCUCAUGCGCGGGACUUUAGUCCUCUUCUAAAUGCAUUGUACUGCUAUUCGGACGUUCAUCAGGCCGUGAUGGAAGGGAAGCGAUGGCGCUGGGCGCCGACUUACUACCGAGUUGCAAGCUCGGAGAUCCAGGCGUGCCUUCUUGGAGAUGUAGCGGAACCGACGUUGGUCAAGGUCUUUGCGACGGUGUUCUUCUUGAUGUUAUCCGAGCUUUUCUCAUCACCUGAGCUUUGUGCUCCAGGCACCUCAUAUCUCCAUUCCGCAUAUCUUUUACUGCAAAGAUUCCAAGGCCUCACUCAAGCUUGGACAGGACUGGGCAAUUUGCUGGUAUCAUGGGUCUCGCUGCUCGACGUCAAAUCACUCAUUGCAGGCCGUGAUGGCGACCCAUUGAUUGAGUUGGGCAAUAUACUCGAGCAUGGACCCGUGAACAAGGAACUAGAGCAGCCCCGAACGUCAGCUUCGCCCGAGGAGCGCACAGGGGAGGACGAUAACGAGGACCCCCUCCUCAGCCCCAGCUAUCUAGUUUACGAAGCAAUAGUAGGGCCAGCAUUCCGCUUCUUCGUGAAAGCACAGCAAGUUGUACGGCGCAUUGUCUGCAUCGAUCUCCAUCACCGCAGCCGCGGUACUCUCAGCGACGAAUUUGAAGUCCUUCAGAUUGCACACAAAAUAGGUGCAGAUCUCGAGACCCUGUGGCACCGACGACCACCCGUAAUCGAUGUCUACGGGAAUCCAGAUGCCUUGACCGACACCCUUUGCGCACCGGUUGCCCUCGAAGUCUGCCGCACCUUCAGGCAAUACGUGGCCAAUUUCUUAGCCAAUUUCAUCUACCUCCACCGCGUGGCCUUUGCUAUCUAUCCACGCACCGACCGCGUUAACGGUGCCGUCGACCAAAUAAUCCAACUAGCCACAGUCGAGUCUGUAGGUGCGGCAGCAGGACACCUACCCGUCAGCUUUUUAUGGCCACUAUUCGUCGCAGGCCUCGAAGGCUCCCCCGAUCAGCGGCAGUGGAUUGUCCAAGAAAUGCAGCGCAUGGCAACAGUUCGCGAAAUGGAGCCUGCUACCUCAACCGCUCGCCACCCGUCAGCCGAUAAAGUCCUCCUGUUAUUGGAAGAGAUGACUCGAAGGCAAGAUGUGUCGCGGUCCUGGGCGGACUCGCGAAUAGUGCGGCGGGAGCUGUUCUCGGACUUUUUCGUUAUGAUCUGA